AUGUCCGGCAGCGCUGUAGCCAGGGUGCUGGUUGUUCUCUGCAUCGGGAGCGCGGUGCACUGCAUGCCCAAGGGGACGCACAGGAGCCGGAGACAGGGCCAGCAGCACCAGCCCUCCUCAGUCUCUCAGGACGGUUGUAUAGAGAACGGAAACUUCUACAACAUUAACGAGCAGUGGGACCGGCCAUACCUGGGCAGCACUCUGGUGUGUACCUGCCAUGGAGUCGCUGGCAUCAAGUGUAAAAGCAAACCUGAGGCAGAGGAGAGGUGCUUCGAUAAGAUCAACCAGCAGUACUACACCGUGGGGUCCACCUACGAGAGGCCCAAGGACGGCAUGAUCUGGGACUGUACCUGUAUCGGAUCCAGCAGGGGCAAGAUCAGCUGCACCAUUGCCAAUCGCUGUCAUGAGGGCGGGGCUUCGUAUAAGAUCGGGGACACCUGGAGGAGACCCCAUGAGACAGGAGGCUACAUGUUGGAGUGUGUCUGUCUGGGUAACGGUAAAGGAGAGUGGACCUGCAAACCAGUGGCGGAGCGUUGCUACGACAACUCGGCGGGAACAUCCUACGUUGUCGGGGAGACGUGGGAGAAACCGUACCAGGGGUGGAUGGUGGUGGACUGCACCUGUCUGGGGGAGGGAAGUGGACGAAUCACAUGCACCUCCAGGAAUCGCUGUAACGACCAGGACACCCAGUCGAGCUACCGCAUCGGAGAUACCUGGACCAAGACAGACGCCCGGGGCCACCUGCUCCAGUGUCUGUGCACAGGAAACGGCCGCGGGGAGUGGAAGUGUGAGCGACAUGCCUCUCUUCACACCACCGGCCUGGGCUCCGGCUCUCGUGUGAUCACUAACAUCCAGCCUGCGAUCUACCAACCUGCCACCGUGCUGGAGCCCCAGCCCCCCCAGGACGGGCCCUGCCGGACUGAUGCAGGACUCAGCUACUUCAUUGGCCAGCGCUGGAUGAAGACCCAGGGAGCCCAGCAGAUGAUCUGUACCUGCCUUGGGAAUGGAGUCAGCUGUGAGCAGUGGGACGGACCAGCUCCUGUGUACGGUGGCAACUCGGGAGGUCAGCCCUGUGUGUUCCCGUUUGUCUACAAGGGAAAGACGUACCACUCCUGUACCUCUGACGGACGCAGCGAGGGGCAGCUGUGGUGCUCCACCGCCUCGGACUUUGAGGCCGAACAGAAAUAUUCCUUCUGCACAGAGCAGAACGCGAUGGUGACGACACGAGGCGGUAACUCUAACGGUGCCCUGUGCCAGUUCCCUUACCUCUACAACGGCCGUAACUACACCGACUGCACCGCUGACGGACGCAGAGACGGCAUGAAGUGGUGCGGCACCACCGUGGACUAUGACACCGAGCAGCGCUUUGGCUUCUGUCCCAUGGCGGCCCACGAAGAGGUGUGCACGGCUAACGAAGGCGUGAUGUACCGGGUGGGAGACCAGUGGGACAAACGCCAUGAUGUCCUGGGUCACAUGAUGCGGUGCACCUGUGUCGGCAACGGCAGAGGAGAGUGGAGCUGCGUUGCUUACUCCCAGCUCAAAGACCAGUGUAUUGUGGACACUCUGACCUAUGAGGUGAACCAGACCUUCACCAAACAACAUGAAGAGGGAUACACCAUGAACUGCACCUGCUACGGACAGGGACGUGGCCGCUGGAAGUGUGACGCCGUCGACCAGUGCCAGGAGCCGGAGACCAGAGCUUUCUAUAAGAUUGGAGAGUCUUGGGAUAAACUCAUCCACGGGAUCAUGUACAAGUGCUACUGCUACGGCAACGGUGUAGGAGAGCUUAGCUGUGAGCCCCAGCAGUCAUACCCUGGUGGUCAACGUCCUGUGCAGGUGCUCAUAACGGAAUCUGGAAACCAGCCCAACUCGCACCCCAUUCAGUGGAAUGCUCCCCAGUCUGCUCACAUCACUCAGUACAUCCUCAAGUGGAGAGCGAAAAACACCCACACCCCGUGGAGGGAGGUGCUGAUCCCUGGCCACCUGAACUCCUACACCAUCUCUGGACUGAAGCCCGGCAUCACCUACGAGGGUCAGCUGGUCAGCGUUCUGCGGUUCGGCCGCCGAGAGAUCACACGCUUUGACUUCACCACCAAUUAUGGAUCAUUGGCUACUUCACAAGGGGAGACCACCCAGCUUCCGCCUGUGAUCGACACCUCCGAGUCGGUGACGGAAAUUACCUCCAGCAGCUUCGUGGUCUCCUGGGUCUCCGCCUCCGACACAGUCUCUGGUUUCCGAGUGGAGUAUGAGCUCAGUGAGCAGGGGCAGACCACAGGACAACCCAUGGUGCUAGAUCUUCCACGUUCAGCUACCUCAGUGAACCUUAAUGAGCUUCUUCCUGGGAGGAAAUACACGGUCAGCGUCUAUGAGGUCACAGAUACUGGAGAUGACACCCUCAUUCUUACUACUUCACAAAUCACCGCUCCUGAUGCCCCUGUUGAGCAUGAAGUGGAGGAGGUGGGAGAAACCUCCAUUAUGAUCAGCUGGGAUAAACCACUGGCUCCCAUCACAGGUUAUCGAGUCGUCUACACGCCGUCACUGGAAGGUGAGAGCACGGAGCUGAAUCUGCCCGACACGGCCACGUCCGUGACCCUGAGCGACCUCCGACCUGGGAAGCUGUACAACAUCAGCAUCUACGCCGUGGAGGACAGCCUGGAGAGCGAGCCUAUCUUUGUGCAGGUCAACACUGCAGGAGAUCCACUGCCAGAGGAAGUGAUUUCUCCCACGGACCUGCAGUUCUUCGAGGUGUCCGAUAAUAAGAUCGUGCUGACCUGGACCGGCCCGGGCACUGAUGUCUCGGGUUUCCGUGUCACCGUCGUCCCAGUGGACGAGUCCGUCUCCCCUCAGAGGGAGAUGACCCUGCCUGUCAGUCAGAACUCCUACAUCGAGGUGACACACCUACAGCCGGGAACACUGUACCGCUUCAGCGUCUACACCAUUCACAACGGAGAGGAGAGUUUGCCUCUGAUUGGCGAGCAAACUACCAAGCCGGAUGCUCCCACAGAUAUCCGCUUCACCAACGUGACCGAGGACAGUGCCGUCAUGCUGUGGUUCGCCCCCAGAGCCAAAAUCAGCGGCUACCGCCUCUUCCUCACCGUCGAGGGCUCCAAUCCCAAGCAGCUGCGCCUGCCUGCUCGCCUCUCUCAGUACACACUGCUCAACCUGCGGCCGGACACCGAGUACACCGCCACGCUGCACGGCGAGCAGGACACCACGCUGGGGGAAGGACAGAUCGCUGUGUUUACCACCACUCCACCAAUGGGAAACGCUCCUCAAUUCAGCACUGAUGUGACUGACACCUCCAUCAUAAUAUCCUGGAAUCCAGUUCCCAAGGUUGGAUACAAGCUGACAGUGCGUCCCAGUCAGGGCGGAGAAGCCCCCAGAGACGUGACCUCGGACUCAGGGAGCAUUUACGUUUCCGGCCUGACACCCGGCGUGGAGUACACCUACAGUGUCCAGCCGGUCAUCAACGGCCAGGAGCAGGGAACGCCAAUCACACGCCGUGUUGUCACGCCUCUUUCUCCCCCCACGGAUCUCAACCUGGAGUCUAACCCCAACACUGGCGAGCUCACUGUGCUGUGGAAUGGAGCCAGUACACCAGACAUCACUGGCUAUAGAGUGAUGUGCACUCCGACCAAUGGGCAGCAAGGAAACAGCGUGGAGGAGUUUGUGGCGGCGGGAGAGAACUCGUGCACCUUGGAGAACCUCAGUCCUGGAGUGGAGUACAACGUCAGCGUGGUGACGGUGAAGGAUGAUAUGGAGAGCACCCCCGUAUCGACCAUCAUUACACCAGAAAUCCCUCAGCUGACAGACCUCAGCUUCCAGGACGUGAGCGACACCACCAUCAGCCUGCGCUGGUCGCCACUCAACACCACGGCCAUCACGGGUUACAGGAUCACGGUGGUGGCGGCCGGCGAGAGCGUGCCCAUCUUUGAGGACAUGGUGCAGCCGACCACGGGUCAAUACACCGUCUAUGGACUGGAGCCGGGCAUCGACUACGACAUCAGCGUUAUCACGGUGACGGAGAACGGCGAGAGCGAGCCCACCACGGUCACGCAGCAUACCUCUGUACCCGCCCCCACCGAUCUGAAGUUCGGCGAGGUCGGGCCUAACACUAUUGAAGUCACAUGGGUCACUCCCGUCGUCCCAAACUCUGCUGACAUCAAUAGUUUCCUCAUCAGGUAUCACCCUAUUGACGAUGAAGAUGAUAUUACAGAGACCAGUGCCGGAGGCCGGGAUAACAAGGUGGUGCUGAGGAACUUGCUGCCUCACACAGAGUAUCUAGUCAGCGUGGUGUGUGUGUAUGAGCAGAGAGAGAGUUCUCCUGUUGUCGGCACCCAGAAAACAACGAUGGAUUCACCGGUGGGCCUGCGUUUCUCGGAGAUCUUCACCAACUCCUUCACCAUCCACUGGCUCGCUCCCCAGAGCAAAAUCACCGGUUACCGCAUCCGUUACCAGAUGGUCACCGGCGGGAGGACGAAAGACGAGAGGCUGCCCCCCUCCAGGAACCACUUCACCCUCACAGGCCUCCUCCCAGACACUGAGUACCUGGUCAACAUCUUCGCCGUCAGCGGGACCCAGGAGAGCCUGCCGCUCGAUGGGAAACAGAAGACAAUUUCUGAUGCUCCCACAGACUUGGACGUGCUGGACUCCAGCCCCACCAGUAUCACUGUGCGCUGGGACGCCCCUCCUGUCACUGUGCGGUACUACAGGAUCACCCAUGGAGAGUCAGGAGGUCACAGUAACCCCAAGGAGUUCACAGUCCCUGGCUCUCAGUCCACCGCCACAAUCUCUAACCUGAAGCCUGGCACCGACUACACCGUCACUGUCUAUGCUGUGACUGGUCGAGGAGACAGCCCCGCCUCCAGCACUCCCAUCUAUGUCACCCACAGAACAGGUGUCGACUCCCCCUCUGGAAUGGAGGUGACGGGUUUGAAUGACAACAGUGUGACGGUGAGGUGGAGCCCGGCCCAGGGCCCCAUUAAGGGGUACAGGGUAACUGGGGUCCCCAAAAAUGGACAGGGACCAUCUUUUACUGAGGUGGUGGCUCCAGAUCAGACAGAGAUGACUUUCUCAGGCCUGAUGCCCACAGUGGAGUACGUUUUGAGUGUGUACGCACUGGGACAAGAUGGAGAGAGCUCUCCGCUGGUUGUGAACGCUUUAACAAACGUGGACCGUCCCAAAGACCUGAGCUUCGCAGACAUCGACUCCACCUCCCUGCGAAUCACCUGGGACAGUCCAGAGGGAGUCGUGACUUCCUACCGCAUCUUGUACUCCAGUCCGGAGGAGGGUGAGCGAGAGGUGCGUCCGGCCCCCCGAGGAGACGCAGAGUCCACUGUCAUCUACGGUCUGCAGCCUGGCACUGAAUACACUGUGAAGGUCAUCGCCAUGCAUGAAGACACCGCCAGCACCCCAGUGAUCGGGACACAAGCUACAGCCAUCACACCCCCCACCGACCUCCAGUCCUCCCAGGUUGGCCCCACCUCUUUCACUAUACGCUGGGCUGUGCCGGGUCAAGAGAACCGACUGAGCGCCCUCAAGGGCCUCACGGGCUACCGUGUGGUGGUGAACCCAAAGAACAAGAGCGGGCCGACCAAAGAGAUCAACCUGGCCCCGGACGCCACUCAGGCACACAUCUCUGGGCUCAUGAUUGCAACUACGUAUGAGGUCAAUGUUUACGCCCUGAAGAACUCUCUGACCAGCAGACCAGUCCAAGUGGAGGUCGCCACUCUGGAGAACAUCAGCCCACCUCGCCGCGUGCGCAUCUCCGACGUUAACGACUCCUCCAUCACUCUGACCUGGCGCUCCAAGACGGAAACCAUCUCCGGCUUCCUGGUCGAGGCCACACCCACAUCCUCCACGUCAGGCUACGUGCCCGUCCAGAGGACCAUCGGACCCGACUCGCGCUCGUUCUCCAUCACAGGUCUAGAGCCUGGCACUACUUACAAGAUCAACAUCUACACUCUGAAAGGGAAUGGACGCAGCGCCCCCCUCACCCUCACCGCCACCACAGCUAAACCUUUGGUCAUCCCGCCCACCAACAUCCGCUUCACCUCCCUGAACCCGAGCAGCAUCUCCUUCACCUGGGAGCCGUCCCGCAGCCCGGGGGUCACUGGGUACUACGUCACCUACGAGGAGGCGGGGGGUUUGCCUCGAGAAGUCAUCCCCAGGCCCCAUGCAGGCCAAAGCUACGCCAUAGUCAGUGGUCUGAAACCAGGAACGGAGUAUGUCAUUAAGAUCGUUGCACUGCAGAACGCUUUGAGAAGCACAGCUCUAGUGGGCAAAGCCAGAACACAGCCAGCCACAGAUCAUCAGCUAUUGGUCCCUGAGCUGCCUCAGCUUCCUGUUCCUUACCGACCCAGCACAGACAUCCUGGAUGUUCCUGAGACCUUCACUGACCAGAUUUUCAACAACAACCACGUGCACUUGGCUGGCACUAGUGGUCAAUACCAGCCAGGCCAGCAGGGCCAGCACAUCUACACAGAGUACCAGAACCUUGGCCCCAAUAAUGGACUGAAUGUCCCCUACACGGGACCCAAAGAGGGCCAGAGACCCACUCUCAGAGAGCCACUCAUCUACAUUCCUCUAGCAGGCCCUGACGGGAACAGAGUUCCACUGGUCAAGGUGAGCGACGGUCCUCUGCCUGGUAUGGCGUUCGGUUUCCCUGACAACGAGACAGACGUGCCCCAGGAAGCACAGACGAUCACAGCCAUCUCCUGGCAGCCCAUUCCUCAGACCUCAGAGUAUGAGGUGUCCUGUAAUCCCAUUACUCACAUGGAGGAGCAGAGCUUCCAGAUGCGUCUUCCUGGCACGUCUAACAGCGCCACACUGAUUGGCCUGACCUCUGGAGCGUCUUACAACGUUGUGGUGGAGGCCAUGAGGGGCGGGGCUAGAGAGAAGGUUCUGGAGGAAGUCGUAACCGUUGGCAAUACUGUUCCAGGUGACGUUCCGAUUACCGGCAACCGGGAUGUGUGCUACGACACGUUCACGCACACCUAUCACGAGUUGGGCUCCGAGUGGGAGCGCAUGUCAGACACCGGGUUCAAGCUGUGGUGCCGCUGCCUCGGCCUGGGCAGUGGUCACUUUAGGUGUGAUUCAUCCAAGUGGUGUCACGACAACGGCAACAACUACCGCAUCGGAGAGAAGUGGGAUCGCCAAGUGGAAAAUGGUCACAUGAUGAGCUGCACCUGCAUGGGAAAUGGCAAGGGAGAAUUCAAGUGUGAACCCCAUGAGUCGACAUGUUACGACGAUGGAAAAAUGUACCAAGUGGGAAACCAGUGGCAGAAAGAAUAUAUGGGCGCCAUCUGUACAUGUACCUGCUACGGAGGACAACAGGGCUGGCGUUGUGAGAACUGCAGAAGACCAGGACCACAUACAGAUGUAGACGCCGACCUCCUGCAACCUGUCAGCUCAGAUGUCUACGACCGGUACAGAGAGAACUCUCUACGCAAACUGAACAUCCAGUGUCCAAUCGAAUGCUUGAGGCCCGAGCUCCUGGCCGAUGCUCUCAGCCCCACAGAGUAGAGCCGGGAGGAGUGUGAGUGAAUAAGGAAAACGCGAGACCCCUUUCAGGAUGGAAGCCUCCUCCUGCUCCGUCAUGUAAAGACCUCUCCAUUAGAUCUUUGCCUGAAAGCCCCCCCAUCACCAUCACCACCACCACCACCACUAAAUUGUAGUGCCUUAACAAAGACUUUUCAACACCAACCACUGUGCCUGUUCAAAGACCUUUACAACUUUUCAUGUUCUUCACCAAAAACAUGGAUUUUCUUCAUCAAAUGAAACAAGUAUCAGCGCACACAAGUCCUGCUGCUUUGUCACCUCCAACCCAAACUCACCACACACACACAAACACACACUCCAGAUGCAGUAUUGUUGUGUAUUUUUACUGUUGCAUUGGUACUUUCUUGACUUCAUUUGAUUUCAGAACAUUCCAUCACAAUUCUCUUCCUUUGAACAAAACGGAACACACCACUUCAAACCACCAUUAUUGAUGAUAACUGUAGUAUCUGAUGUACUUCCCACAAUCUAUUCUUAGUCUUUUUGUGACUAACGUGAAUGCAGAAGACAUUAAGGUAGUAAUAAUAAUGCCUUGUUGCCCGGAACUAUUGUUACAGAUCCUGUCUCAACUCGUUUGACCUCGACAGACAUGACAGUUGAUCAGAUUCUCAAUAAAAUUCGUCCGUCAGUUUGUAUUCUUUAUAAUGAAGGGGGUUACAGAUGUAGAAGUGUCCUGUCUCUCUUGAUAUGAGCAGAACAACUGGUCAUUAAUAACUCUCUGAUUUACAAAUUAAAACGUCAAACCUUCUUAAAGAGAUUAGCACUGUUACCUUUGAGUGUGUGUGUUUAAAAGCAUUGCCUUGUAGCACAUCUACAAUCUAUAGAGCCAAAGCUGACUAACCAAAAGUUGGACUCUUGCUUCAAAAAUGAAUGGGGAAGAAAAAACAGAAUCACCAUUAUUUCCAAGUGAAAUGCAUUUUUAAUUACAUAAAUGUUUGUAUUUUUUUAUUUAUCCCUUUUUAUUCAGGCAUUUUGUUCAAUGCUAUUUUGGGGUGUACACUUUAUUUUUUGAUUUAACAUGUUUUUUAUAUUGUUGGUGCCAAAACUCUGAACU